AUGACAAUUCCAACAGCGGCAAUGUCGGAAUUGGGAAAUUCUACCGCGAUUUACCAUAGCCAUCGAGGAGCUGCAUUGUCGGAAUUGGAAAAGAUUUGGGAAGCUGUGAAAGAGUGUGAAAAAGCCAUAAACUUGGAUCCAAAACUUUUCAUAGCUCAUAACAAUUUAGCCUUAGUGCUUCUUAGGUUAGGUCAGGUUGAUAAUGCGAGGAAGCAUUCUGUGAAGUAA